AUGCUCAUAAACAAGAGAAUCCUUCAUCUGCCAGCGAUGUUGGUCAUCAUUUUCAUAUUCGCUGUUGGGUAUGGCGCCGCUAUGGCGAUUGCUCAUUCCAGCCACUGCGAUAUGUUUGAAAAUGGUUUCUUCGUCACCCAGUGGAAGCCUUUACGCAGGAGACGCUUGGCUGCAGCUGUCAGGGUUGGUGACUUCCUUUAUGUCAAUGGCGGUCAAGUCUCCUAUACCGGGGACAAUAAUCAAGUUAUCGUGUCCGAUGAAGAUCUGACCCUGUCGCUGGACCUAUCAAAGGACUGGCAGAACACCACAGUGAAUUUCACCUCGACUACCAAACCAGCGGAGCUUCCUACUUUAAGCAGAGGAGUUCUUUGGUAUCAUCAGGCAGAAGAUCGGUUGUAUACAGGAUUCAUCGGUGAUCCCUCGGACGAUAAUCCAUCUCCUGCUGUAUGGACUUUCGCGCCGGACCACAAAGGUCAAGGGUCAUGGAGCCAGGCCGUAGCUGCAGACUCUUCAGCAUUCACAAACAUCAACAGGCGCGGAAGGGCUUCCACUGCCCAAGGGCCCGAUACUGGAUAUGCGCUUGACGGUAUGAGCGGAGGCGACUUCCAAUCUGGAAUUCUACAAUUCAACAUGGAUGACAAAACCUUCCAGACACUAAGCAAUGCCGAAGCAUAUCCCUCGCCCCAGCAAGAAGGCGCCUUGCAAUACGUACCAACAUACGGUGAGAAAGGCUUGUUGAUCGCAUUUGGGAGUAUUAAUGCAGCCGGCAAAUUCCCGACCACUAACACCGUCCCGGUCUUCGACAUCAAGAACCAGACCUGGUACAACCAAACAGUGACCGGUGACAAGCCUCGUUGGAGGAACUGGUACUGUACUGCAGGGAUCCAAUCCACAAACAAAACAUUCGAGAUCUUCUUCUAUGGCGGAUUCGACCAGGAUGGCGAAGCUGCCCUCAUCAUGGACGACAUCCAUAUCUUGACCCUCCCCGCAUUCAAUUGGAUCAAGGUACCUUACCCAGCAGAGCAUCCGCGCGGGAGCCAUACCUGCACGCCAGUGGGAGGUGCCCAGAUCCUCGUCAUGGGCGGAGACGAUUCUAGCCAGGGUGACAAUAACCAGACCCAGAAAAUGGCGACGCCUGAUCCGUGGGCGCAGGGGCUGAAUAUCUUCAAUCUUGAGACAUUUGGGUGGCAGGACAAGUACAACGCGAGCUUAAGGACGGAUGAUACCUAUCAGCAGUCUGAUCCUGUGAAGCAAUUCUAUGCAGCUAAUUCUCGGCUGCCUCAAAAUGGCACAGAUCCACACAUCAUGGCCCUACUCAGUGGAAGUAAUUCCUCCAUGACAAACACCUCCGCCCCCUUCGACCCCGGCCCAGAAAACACACCCAUACCAGCACAACAUCACACCAACAAAGGUGCGAUAGCAGGAGGAGUUGUAGGUGGUGUCGCAGGCCUUGCACUAAUACUCACCGCACUCCUCUUGCUCUACCGCCGUCGAUAUCGCAAGCCGGAUGAUAGUGCGAAAGCGACGUUGGAUUCAGGGUAUACUAGUCAUGGAUCUAGUGGCGUCGCGGAAGUGCAUGGGGAUUCCAAAAAGAUGGAGAUGGGUGGGGGCAUGGGCGGGGAGGACAGGCAGGAGAUGGGUGGACUGGGGAGGCUGGAGUUGGGGGGAAAGGUGGUGCAUGAGGCGCCCGGGAGUAGUGGGCGGUAA